AUGUACCUAUAUUUAGCAAGCGAGAUUAAGUUGCAGAGGCUUCGGACAGGGCAAAGUACGUUGGUCUGCCUUUUUCACGGACAGAACUUUGGGCAGGCAGCAGCUAAAGUUUUCUGCUCCCUCCCCUUUCCCAAGUAUUUGCAAAAUGGAUUCCCAGAGGGAACUCACUGAAGAGCUCAGACUUUACCAAUCCACCCUUCUUCAGGAUGGCCUCAAGGAACUCCUCGAAGAGAAAAAGUUCAUAGAUUGCUCUCUAAAAGCUGGUGACAGAAGCCUGCCUUGCCACAGAUUGAUUCUGUCAGCAUGUAGCCCUUAUUUUCGUGAGUAUUUCUUAUCUGAGCAAAAUGAAGAGAAAAAGAAGGAGGUAGUUCUAGAUAAUGUUGACCCCAACGUCCUGGAUAUGAUUGUCAAAUACCUUUAUUCAGCCAGUAUUGAUCUUAAUGAUUCUAACGUGCAAGAUAUUUUUGCUUUGGCCAGUCGCUUUCAGAUCCCUUCUGUAUUCACUGUGUGCGUCUCCUACCUUCAGAAGAGGCUUGCUGUUGGUAACUGUCUGGCCAUCCUGCGAUUAGGCGUUCUGCUUGAUUGCCCAAGACUUGCAUUUUCGGCCCGUGAUUUUGUUUCAGAUCAUUUUGUGCAGAUCUGCAAAGAGGAGGACUUCAUGCAGCUUGCCCCGCAUGAACUUGUCUCUGUUAUUUCACCUGACAGCCUAAACGUAGAGAAGGAAGAGCUGGUAUUUGAAGCAGUAAUGAGAUGGGUCCGAGCAGACAAAGAGAACAGAGUAAAGAGCCUGGGGGAAAUUUUUGACUGCAUACGUUUUCGUCUGAUGCCAGAAAAAUAUUUCAAAGACCAUGUUGAGAAGGAUGAUAUAAUUAAAAGCAACUCAGACCUUCAGAAGAAAGUAAAGAUUAUUAAAGAUGCUUUUGCAGGAAAACUGCCUGACUCUAGCAAAAGUACAGAAAAGUCAACCAAAGGGGAGGUGAAUGGCGAUGUCGGAGAUGAAGAUUUACUGCCUGGCUACCUAAAUGACCUUCCCAGGCACGGCAUGUUUGUCAAAGACCUGAUUCUUCUGGUUAACGACACUGCUGCGGUAGCUUAUGAUCCUCUUGAAAACGAAUGCUACCUAGCAGCCCUGGCAGAACAGAUUCCCAGAAACCAUUCCAGUAUAGUCACCAAACAAAAUCAGGUCUACAUUGUUGGAGGACUGUAUGUGGAAGAGGAGAACAAGGACCAGCCUUUCCAGUCAUACUUCUUCCAGCUGGAUAGCAUCGCUGGUGAGUGGGCUGCCCUUCCUCCGCUGCCGUCAGCCAGGUGCCUCUUCGGGCUGGGGGAGUCUGACAGCAAGAUCUAUGUCAUCGCAGGCAAGGACCUUCGCACUGAGGAGUCUCUGGAUUCAGUAUUGUGCUACGAUCCUGUGGCAAUGAAAUGGGGGGAGAUCAAAAAACUACCCAUCAAAGUGUAUGGUCAUGCUACUAUCUCAAACAAUGGGUUGAUACACUGUCUUGGCGGAAAAACUGAUGACAAGAAAUGCACUAACAGACUAUUUGUAUACAAUCCCAAGAAAGGGGACUGGAGAGACCUGGCUCCAAUGAAAGUGGCUCGCUCUAUGUUUGGGACGGCUAUCCAUAAGGGCAAGAUUGUCAUUGCAGGUGGUGUCACUGAAGAAGGCCUUACUGCAUCUGUUGAAGCUUUUGACCUGACCACCAAUAAGUGGGAGAUUAUGCCUGAAUUUCCCCAAGAGAGAAGUUCCAUCAGUUUAGUCACCUUAAGUGGAGCUUUGUACGCUAUUGGAGGCUUUGCAAUGAUUCAGCUUGAAUCUAAAGAAUUUGCACCCAGUGAAGUCACUGACAUAUGGAAGUACGAUGAUGAAAAGAAGGAGUGGAUUGGCAUACUGAAAGAGAUCCGAUAUGCUACUGGAGCCUCCUGCCUGGCUACCCGCUUAAACCUCUUCAAGCUAUCAAAACUGUAAACAAAAUGCUGGAAAACGUGGUAUGGUGAAGGAGUUUCGAUAGGUUCUUCUGGGUUUGUUGCAUGGAAAUGUCCCCAAAUUGUACAGAGUUUUGUAGCAGCAUACUAGUUAUACUGUUAACUGUUAAACAUUUCAUCUGUCUGUCCAAGUCGUAAGAUAUUUAGAGGCUAACCAACAACAACAGAAUUUUUGCCAACGUUUAAAAUCCUGAAGAAUUCUAAUUAAUGUUGAUUAGAAUAAAUGAAGAUUUCGGAGAGAACUCCAUUUUUCACUCUGUGAAAUUGCCAAUAGAACUAGUUAGACUUCCUUACAAUCAGACAAUCCAGGAUAGUGGUGGCUUAUCCUCCAAACAACGCCUAUGAAUUAAUUGUUAAGUUAAAUACAACUAGUAGGUAGCUAUUUUUAUUCUAACUGGCUGUUCGUACAGCCUGAUUUCCCCCUUCAGCAAUGUAUGUAAAUCCUGCAUUCUUCAGUCAUAUCUUGAAAAUAUUUUCAGUAAAGCCUUCUAAAAAUAAUUUAGCCUGCAACUGAAGUGCAUACUGAAAACA